AUGAAUGAUAUAUUAAGUACUGAGAAACUAUGUGAAGUGCUGGAAGGAUCCAUAAGUGCAUCGAAGGAAAAGAGAACACAAUGUGAGGAGUAUCUGAAACAGGUGUGUAAAGUUGAAGGGUACAUACAUGUAAUUUUAAAACUUGUGAAGAGUGUGAAUGUUGUGGAUGAUAAUAUAAGAAUAUGUGCUUUGAUUUUUUUAAAGAAUACAAUAAAAAAUAACUAUGAGACGUUAAAGAAAGAAGAAAUAUGUGGGCUGACAAAGGAUAUAUAUGAUAGUUUCCUCUACCUUGAAAUGAAAGAUAAACAAAUAUACACGCAAUUGUUUGAAAUUAUGAAAAUAUUAAUACAUAAUAGUUUUCCAGAAGAUUUCGUAAUUUUGGACAAUAUAUUAAACGAUAUUAAUCAGAGAAAAGAUGUGAGAAAAUUGUAUGUUAGCCUGUACUGUCUGAAAUUGAUAUUUAAAAAGCUAAAAAUAAAAAAAAAAAAAAAUAAUGAAUUAUAUAGAGAAAUGUUAAACAAGUAUUUCUAUCCGUUGAUUAACUGUCUGUACGACCUAAGUUCAGUAGACAUAAAUAACAAUGACGUGAGUGAAAUUCUCAGCAUUAUUUGUAAAAUUUAUCAGUAUGUGAAUGACAAUUUUUUUAUUAAUGAAGUCAUCAUAUUAGAAUAUAUGGAUAACUAUUUUAGCCUCUUUGAUUUUAUUUUAAAAAAUGAAAUUGUUAUAUCCAAUUAUAUUGAAGAUGAAAAUUAUUUAAAAAAAUUACCACAAUAUAAAUGUAAAAGAAUAGUACUAAAUAUUAUAACAUGCCUUUUUUCUCGAUACGUAAAUACAAAUUAUAACAAAUGUAACAAUGAAAUAACGGAAAAAUUUUGUCAUGCAUUUUUAAACAAAUGGCUAUGCCCCUUUUUUGAAGAUUUCAUAAUUAUCCUUCAAAGUUAUCAUAAAAAUAAAAAAACGUUAACUGAUGAAUGUUUGAUUUAUGUCAUUCAAGGAUUAUCGUAUGGUGUUGAAAAUGCUAUAAUUUAUAAAAAUUAUAUCAAAACCAAUUUCGAAUUUCUUAUGAAAAAUAUCAUUUUCCCACUACUUUGUUAUAAUGAUGAUGAUAUAGAAAAAUUACUAUGCGAUCAGUAUGACUUCACAAUGAACAUUUUUAACACUUACAUUGUAGAGGAUAAAAAGGUUAGUGCAACUACUUUUAUAAAAGAUCUAACGAGAUAUCGAGGAAUGAAGCACAUUUCAGAGUUGUUCCAUCUUUGUGAAAAUGUCAUAAGCACAUACAACCAAAACUAUCAUGUCGUGUACGACAAUUUUACCUCAGGACGAUGUGAUCAAGAAACACUUUUGGAAGAAUUGCUUCGAAACGAAUAUUGCAAAUACAAAUAUGGAGCGCUUAAAAUUUUGGAAUGCUUAUACAGUAGAUUGUGUGAUAAGAAGAGAAAUAUGAAUAUUGAACAAUUUCUAAAGACUUACGUAGAAAAUGAUUUGAAUAGUCCAAACCUUUUAUUGUGCUAUCAAUCGAUUGUCACAUACUGUUGUUUUAUUAAGAAGGUAACACAAUUUAACGAUGUAAACGGGCUUGUAUACAAUUACGAAAUUAUUUUGAAUCAUAUGGGUAAUGCUAAUUUGUUAAUCCGCGUAGCUAGUGCAUCUUAUAUUAAAAAAUUUUUCAAAAUAAAAAAUGAUUAUCUUAAAAAUGUUAUUAUAAAAUCAAUUCCUAUACUUAUCGAACGUUUAUUGAAUAUAAUAAAAGAGGUAAAAUGUGAAUAUAUUGUUAUGACGCUCGACAAUUUAGCUUACACAUAUAAGGACUAUAUAACUCCAUAUGUCAAUGAUGUAGUUAUCACAUUGUGUACAAGUUUUGUAUUUCUAAUUAACAAAAAGGAUGAGGAGGAAAAUUCACGCAAUUCAUUAGAGGAUAAUCUAAGACAUAAUACAGAUUUGUCAAACCAUAUGAAUGAUUAUGCAUUGAAAAAGGAUAAAUAUCUAUUCCCGAAUGAUGAUGAAUAUAUCAGUAAAAAGGAAAAGAGACAUGAAAAUGAAGAACUAGAUUUAAAUUCUGUCAUACUUUCCAUUUUGACAGCUAUUUUGAGUCUACUGGAUUCAGUAGAUGAAGCAAACAAAGAACAAAUUUAUAAAAGCACCAUGCCUUAUUUAUACAUUGUAGUAGAUGAAACGUUUAAAUCUCCAUCUAUAGAUUAUUUGGAGGAAGCACUUUCACUUCUAACAAAUAUUACAUACUAUUUGGAUAUAGACGAACAGAUAUAUAUGCGAUUUGAAAAGCUCUAUGAUAUUUUCUACUUCAACACAGAUGAAAAUUUAAAAUUGCAAGAACUAGAUUGUAUUCGUAAUAAUCCACACUUGAUAUUAAGCACCGAUUUGAUACGUUCUGAUAAAAACACAGAUAUGUACUUUUACGAUUUUAUAUUUGACUUAUCCUUUAGCAUAGGAGUAUUUGAUAACAUCAUAUCAAAAGCCACUGAACAUUUUGUUAACAUAUACAGCGAAAGAUAUGGAAUGAAAUACAUCCACAUGAUAUACAGAUUAGGUAUAUUUGCAUUGCACUCUAAAAUAGUUAAAGAUAGUUGUAAAUUAUUUUUUAUUUUAUUUGAAGCAACGGUCAAAAUUCGAGGCGUAGACGAAUUGGUCAUUCCAGUCCUCACUGCAUAUUCUCUAAAACUGUUUAAGCAUGAUGAGGCAUCUGCAUUGAUGAAUCAGAAAAAAAAAAAUAGAAAUGAAUCCAUGAUGGAAAAUAGCAACAACAGUAGUAGCAUUAACCCUAGUAGUAAUGACAGAGAUGGAGCAGAUAGCAUAUGCAGCGAAUAUGAUGAAGAUAUACUAAGUAGAACGAGUCUUGAAUAUAUAAAAAAAUUAUUUUAUUCCAUAAUAAUCUACGACGUGAACCAAUUUUUUCUCUUUUAUAACAAUAUGAACAAGACUAGCUAUAUUUUAUCAUUCCUAUCAAACUUAACCGAUGUACAAACAAAUAACACAAGAAAAUUAUACAUUUUAGCUAUGAGUACCAUAUUAGAUAACAUGCACAAUGCAAGUAUCAGCAUGCACAUUAAUGAAGCAAAUUCUUUCAUCGUAAAUAUUGUCAAUAUUGCAAAUGCAUAUUUUGAAAACAAAAAUGAACAAAAAGAAUCAUCUGAAAAAUCAUUUGAAUCGGAAUCAUCUUCUGGUGAUGAAAAUAGCGAAGUUGAUAUUGAUGAAAAUGAAGAUGCAACAAAUGAUAAAGCAUUCAAAUUAAUUAAAACAAUUGAAGCUUUAGAAAAAAAAAACGAUUUAAAAAUUAAAUUAAAAGAAAAUGUUGACUUGAACAAGUUAGAUACACUUGUGCAACAACAACACAUGAACAGUGAUCCCAAUUCUGCUGACAAAACUUGUCACAAUGCUACAUACAGUCACAAAAAUAUGAACAAGCAUUUAAAUACCAAUGAUCAACUAACUCAGAAAGGAGGAGGAGUAGGUAUGAAUGAAAAUGAUGAAGACGAUGAUGAUGACGAUGAUGACGAUGAUGAUGAUGAUGACGAUGAUGAUUGUUCAGAUUACAGCAAUGACGAAUAUAGAAAAGGAUUUUUCGAUGAUAUUAAUGCAUUUAAAAUAUUAUAUGACACAACUUCCAGGUUUUAUGGAAAAUAUGAAAAUAUAUAUAACAGUGAAAUACUGGGUAAAAUUAAGUAUUUGGUGGAUUCUGAUCUGAAUGCUCAGAUGCAGCAAAGUACCAACUAA